GCAGAGGGGGACGAUCACCUCCCUGUCCCUGCUGGCCGCCCCCUGCUGAUGGAGCCCAGGAUCCCGUUUGCUUUCCGGGCUGCAACACAGGGAACACAGCAGUGCUUGUGCAGCACGUGGCCGGGCUGUGGAAAUCACCAGAAUAAGGUCUUGUGGAGCUACAACUUUUCAGGAGUUCAAUUUAAGAUAAGGCCCUUAGGCAGGCAGGUUCACCUCCAAAUUUCAGUGCUGGGAUGGAAGCAAAACAGCCCCCAGCCUCGCUGUAGGAGACCUGGUUUUGGGAGGGGGUUGGACGUGAUCCCUGGCUGUUUCUCCCCACCCCAAAAUCCAAAAUAUGAUUCUAUGGAAAUGUGUGCUGUGCCAGUAGGAAGCUCUGCUGGUCUGGAGCUCUCCUGCUUGGUCAGACCCCCACUUUUCCCUUCCAUUACCGAUCUCACAGCUUUGCAAUAACUGCACCUCUCCCCUCCACAGCUGGCCUCUAUUUUUGUGCUGGGAGUUAUCAUUCCUCCCCCUGAGACAGCAGCACUUAUCAUAGAAUUACGGCCUGGGUUGGGAAGAACUUCAAAGAUCAUUUAAUUUCAACCUCCCUGCCACAGGGGGGUUCUGCAUGCCCUGCUCUGUGACGAGCUCUUCUGUAUUUAUUGGUGGUGCAUGGCAGAAUCCUGGAUCUGCUCUCCUUCCCCUGUUUUAUCUCAUGCAACAGCAUACAGAAAUUUAAACUGCCUCUGUGUGAAGCAGAGGGAAAAGGACUCCGUGUGAGUGGCCAUAGCAGAUAAGAGCCCAGACCUCCCCACACACCUCCACCACACACCAGAUUGCUGCAGAAGGUUGGGGCAGCCCGUUCCCACCACACAACUACUUCCAAGGCAAUGAAUGCUGGCUGAAGCCAGAGCUCCUUAAGCACAUUAAGAAAGUAAUUGCAAGUGCCAGCACCUGUGUCAGAAGGCUUUCCUAUUAGAGCUGACUGCAGGAGGCUGCUGCUCUGAGUGCUUUGGAGGGGGCUGGAAAGCCUUGAGGCAGGUGGAGCUGCUCAGAAGACAACACGUGGCUGACCUUGCUGCCUUGCCUGGGGGAGCUGCUGCUGUGUCCUUGCUGAUGUGCAUUGCUGGCAUCCUGCCUGUUGUUUCCAGGAGCUUGUGCAGUGUGUUGGCUGCUGCUGCUCUGUGACAUCCCCGACCCCAUGGGGCUGGCCGUGGAGAUGCGAGCAGGGCAGGUGCUGCUGGUGCUGUUGGCUGCCUCUGUGGUGAUGCCUGCCAAGGACCCUCUGCUGAACGUCUGCAUGGAUGCCAAGCACCACAAAACCAAGCCUGGCCCGGAGGGGAUGCUGCAUGGCCAGUGUGCUCCCUGGAAGGACAACGCCUGCUGCACAGCCAACACCAGCUCAGAAGCCCACAAGGACCAAUCCUACCUGUACAACUUCAACUGGAACCACUGUGGGGUGAUGCCACCCAAGUGCAAGCGUCACUUCAUCCAGGACACGUGCUUGUACGAGUGCUCACCCAACCUGGGGCCCUGGAUUGACCAGGCUGACAGCAGCUGGCGGCGGGAGAGGAUUCUGCAUGUGCCACUGUGCAAAGAGGACUGCGAGGAAUGGUGGGAGGACUGCAAGGACUACGUCACGUGCAAAGAGAACUGGCACAAGGGCUGGAAUUGGGCAACAGGAACGAAUCGCUGUCCCUGGGGCUCCAUGUGCAGGCCCUUCUCCCAGGUCUUCCCCAGACCCAAAGAUCUGUGCGAGAAGAUCUGGUCCAACUCCUACAAAUACACCACAGAACGCCGGGGCAGUGGGCGCUGCAUCCAGAUGUGGUUUGACCCCGCGCAGGGGAACCCCAACGUGGUUGUGGCCAAGUACUACGCCUGGAGGAAGCGAUCCGCUCCUGCCAGGAUGCAGGACGUGACUCCUGAGACAGGCAGAGCUGCGUGCGCCGUGCCGUGGCUCAUCCUGCUGCUGGCCCUCGUGCUGCUCGCUGCAGGCUGGGGGUCCCAUGGCUGGAGGUCCCUGUGACAGCUCCCCGAAGGGAUGCGGCUUCUCUUUCUGUGAAGGAGGCUGUUCCUGUGGCAUGAGUGGCAGUCAGUCUGUUCAAUUCACUCGUGUGUCCCAGUGGAUGCUCAGCAUGGACUCUGUUGUUGGACUUUGCUGCUGCCUCCAGCUGAUGGAGGCAGUGAUUUCCCAUCCUUUGUAUCUGAGCUCCUUCUGUCUUCCUCCCCUGCGUUUGCUGCCUCCUGCCCAUAGGGCAAGUGUUGAUGUCUGUGCUCUGGGUGGGUGUAGUGUUUGUUUGUGAUCCUUUUCUGAGCACCGCAUCCCUGGAGA